AACGAGCGCCUUCCGCGCAAGCGCAAACCGACAGCCACUUCCGGACACUUUUUCGUCGCAUUUCGGAAAAGGACAAAGUCCUGUCCCAUAGUGACAAUGGCUACCUACAGCCUGGCGAACGAGCGAUUACGCGCCCUAGAAGACAUCGAACGGGAAAUUGGAGCCAUUCUUCAGAAUGCAGGUACCGUGAUCUUAGAACUGUCCAAGGAAAAAACCAAUGAGCGGCUACUAGACCGACAGGCAGCGGCCUUUACGGCGUCAGUGCAGCACGUGGAGGCGGAGCUGUCGGCUCAGAUCCGCUAUCUCACGCAGGUGGCCACAGGGCAGCCCCAUGAGGGCUCCAGUUACUCUUCAAGGAAGGACUGUCAGAUGGCCCUGAAGCGAGUGGACUAUGCUCGUCUCAAGCUCAAUGAGGUGGCCCGAACCUGUGAGCAGAUGCUGGAAAACUAGGCUGGGCAGGUGAAAAGCGUGGAGGGAGAGCUCCACUUGCAACCCGACACAGAACCUGGAGGAUGGAAGCAGGGCUGCCCUGAAUAUGCCCAGCUGGUCAGAGGCUAGGAGGACAAGGGGAGCAAAAGGUGGGAAUGGAGAAACUUAAAGACCAAGCCCACCCACGGCUGUGCCUUGGCUGCUCCAGCAGGGUGCCCCUGCCGGGCACUUCACCAGGCGCUGACAAGCUCAGACAGGAGAUGGAGAAUCAGACACUGAACCCACUUCCUCAUGUCCCUGCCCCAGGCUCCCCACAGACUUGGGCCAAUGAAGACACAUUCUUCUUCACUGGAAGAGACAAAAGGAGAACUAGGAGUUUUGAUAAUAAAAACAAUAACAUUAAAAACAA